AGGAUCCAACCAAGUCCUGUACGUUUUGUAAAGGAAUUAGAUAUGAGUAUUCUUUCAGGAUUACGCGCUGAUACGUUAUCUUAUAAGAAGUGAUUCCGGUUCAGGGGGAAGGUUUGAACUGCUCUCUGCAAAGUGACCAUUGUUGUAAUCAGGUCGAGGCUGUUAUCAUUUCCACUUGCUGACUUUCUUAGUUUUUUACGGGAUUACAGCGGGAAAAACCGUACAAGCUUUUUAGAGUGACAUGAAAGAAAUGUCAAGCACCAUGCCUGGUGGGCAGCAGCCUCAGAAACACUAUGGCAUCACUUCUGCCAUUAGCCUUGCACCCCCACGAGAAAUAGACCACCAGUACACCAAUAAGCUCUGUGAUGCUAUGAAACCUUUUGGGGUGUUUGAAGAUGAAGAGGAAUUGAACCAUAGACUUGCAGUCCUUGGGAAGUUGAAUGACUUCGUUAAGGAAUGGAUCGCAGAGAUCAGUGAAUUAAAGAACCUCCCACCAUCAGCUAUAAGCUGUGUUGGGGGCAAGAUAUUUACAUUUGGUUCGUACAGACUUGGAGUGCACACAAAAGGAGCUGAUAUUGAUGCCUUAUGUGUGGCUCCCCGCCAUGUAGAGAGAAGUGACUUUUUCCAGUCUUUCUUUGAGAAAUUCAAACAGCACGAAGAGAUCAAAGACCUGAGGGCUGUCGAAGAUGCCUUUGUGCCAGUGAUAAAAUUCAAAUUUGACGGAAUAGAGAUUGACCUGCUGUUUGCCAGACUGGCCUUGCAGUCCAUUCCAGACAACUUGGACCUGAGGGGAGACUCCAUCCUGAGAAACUUGGACAUUCGGUGUAUCCGCAGCCUUAACGGCUGUCGAGUGACCGAUGAAAUUCUGUACCUGGUGCCAAACAAAGAAAACUUCAGACUGACAUUGAGGGCCAUUAAACUGUGGGCAAAACGUCGUGGGAUCUACUCCAACAUGCUGGGGUUUCUGGGUGGAGUGUCAUGGGCCAUGUUGGUGGCCAGGACCUGCCAGCUCUACCCAAAUGCUGUGGCUGCAACGCUGGUCCACAAGUUCUUCUUGGUGUUUUCCAAAUGGGAGUGGCCAAAUCCUGUCCUAUUGAAACAGCCUGAGGACAGUAAUCUGAAUUUACCGGUGUGGGAUCCUAGAGUGAACCCGUCUGACCGAUACCACCUGAUGCCCAUCAUCACGCCUGCCUACCCCCAGCAGAACUCCACGUACAACGUCUCCACGUCAACACGCACCAUCAUGAGCGAGGAGUUCAAAUACGGCCUCAGCGUCACAGAUGAGAUUCUUCAGGGAAAAGCAGAAUGGUCCAAACUCUUUGAGCCACCCAACUUUUUCCAGAAGUACAAGCAUUACAUCGUUCUGACUGCCAGUGCCUCCACAGAAGAAAACCACUUGGAAUGGAUCGGUCUGGUGGAGUCAAAGAUCCGUGUUCUGGUGGGAAACCUAGAGAGGAAUGAGUACAUCACCCUGGCUCAUGUCAACCCCCAGUCCUUCCCUGGGUCCAAAGAGAACCGCAACGAGAACGAUUUUGUGUCCAUGUGGUUCAUUGGGAUCAUCUUCAAGAAAGUGGAGAAUGCGGAGAGCGUGAACAUUGACCUGACGUACGACAUCCAAUCUUUCACAGACACUGUGUACAGACAAGCCAACAACAUCAACAUGCUGAAGGAUGGGAUGAAGAUUGAAGCAACACAUGUGAAGAAGAAACAGCUCCAUCAGUACCUUCCUCCUGAACUGGUGCAGAAGAAGAAGAGGAGCAUAGCUGAGUUGAACCGUAGCUCCAACGGGGGCAGCUCGAAGCGGAUCUCUCUGGACAGCAGUCACCUGGACAGCUCCAGAGACACAGACUCAGGGACUCCCUUUACCUCCCCAGCCAGCAAACCCUCUAAGCCUACUUCCGACACGGAGGACAGCGUCAGCCCUCCCAAGCAGAUUUUUGCCGAGGGCUCACCAACACCCAGUGCGGCAGCAGCUGCUCCAGACCAGGGCAUGUCCAUCCCUGUCAUUGGCUCGAAGCCAGCGGUUGCAGCAAAGUCUCCUUCCCCACCAGCCAGCAGCUCCGUCCCCACGGUGCUGAGUGGGGACGUGCAGCCCAACGCCACCAGCAGCCCCAGAGAGGAGCCCAACGGCCUGGAGGACUCCGUCAAUGGAGCUCCUGUCAAGAGACCCCACUCGCCAACACAAGAGGACCUCGCCAAGAGGCACAAAGACACAGAGGUGGUGUCCAAUGACGACUCUGCAUUUAAAGAGCCAUAUCCACCAUCCUUCGAACCCCACACACAUGGAGAAGGACCCAAUAUUACCUCCCUUUCUGAGUCAAAGGCUAAGCCCAUUCCAACCCUUGAUACCUCAAGAACACAGAGACUUCCCAGCAUGGAGCUGCCAGAUGCUUCCUCGCCUCUCCCAGCAAGCAACAGUUGUCGCGUCGUGAAAAAUUCCAUUAAACUGGCCCUCAACCGCCACAACAUCACACCUCCCAAGCCCCCAGUGUUUGAGGCUACCCUCACCCCUGACGCUCCUCCUGCCAGUGAAGAAAAGGGCAUGUCCAUUCCUGUCAUUGGCUCUAAACACGUGGCAUCCAAACACGCGGCGGCGCCCCCCGUGGGCAGCUCCAUCCCCACAUUAGUGAGCCGAGGAGCUGACCCACUGAACGGAGCGACCGCCAAGAGAGCCCACUCCCCCACUCUGGAGGAGCAGGCCAAGAGGCUGAAAGAAACAGAAAAGGCCAGAAUCCACAUAGCUUGAACACAUACCUAUAGACUGGAUUUAUAUACACACAGAGUUGGGGGCUUUACAGUUCAGUCAAACACCGAGAAGAUGACUUCACACAGGGGGGCAGGGAUUGUGUUCAGCUCGGUCCAUGUCUAGUGUGAAGCAGCAGCAGCAGGACGGACACCUCACCUCAAAUCUUCAGAGAUUACAGAUUUGCCUGUGGAUAGGUGAUUUUGGUCAAACCAGAUGUUGUGAGCGCCCUUCUGUCCCGCUCACAGUCAGAGGGCAUUUACAGUAACGCAACAAUCACGGAGAUAUCUGAGAACUUAAGCCACCGUUUUUUUUUUGUUGUUGUUUUGUUUGUUUUUUACUCGUCUUCUCCCUCACCGUAAAAAAAAAAAAAAAAAAAAUGUACACAGUACAGAUGGAAAAUGAGCUGUUCUUCUUUUCAUUUUCCCUUUUUUUUUUCUAGCUAACAUGUUUUAAAAAACAGCCCAGAACAUUUAUCAACGCUUGCUACACACACUUCUGGUGUAUGCUGAUUCUUUUCUUUUCUCCAAAACAGAAACCUGUACAGUAAAUGUUGAUGUACAUAAACUUUUUUUUUUAAAAAAAAAAAAA